AUGCGAGUAAGCGAGCUAUUCUGGCCUGUAAUUGAAAACAUUCCCAAAAUGUUCUCAUUUUCGCAGGUACCAGAUCUGUCCGUGCCGGAUGAGUUUUAUUUAGACUUAGAAGAAAUAGUCCGCGAGAUAGCCAGAUUCAGAAGAAUGAACAAGUUCACGCAGGUAGAGUAUGCGCAGUAUAAACUGCUCAUGAGAGUGCUUACAAAUGAGGAAGUGCGCGGGAGGUAUGCAUUCUUUAGGGACAGAUUCUCGUAUCAGGUAUUACAGCCGGUGUUUAAAAUGUUUAUGAAAAUGAAAAAUAAUGUGAUUGCCGACAGUUAUUAUAGAUCAUAUGAAAUGGCAUACUUUUUAAAUCUUUACUAUAAAGAGAGAUUUUAUAAUAACCGCCGACCAAUUGAGCUGUGUGACAUAGACUUUUUAAUAGAGAAAAAUGGGGAUAAGAAAGAUGGACUGUCCUCAGAAGAUCGAGCAAAUGAAAAUUAUGAGAAAAGAGUUAUAGAUAGAAAAUUUGUGUUAAUUAUGCAUGCGCUAAUUAAUAGAUUUAUGAGAGAAAUAUCCGCCUCAAAAAAAGUUGAGGUGUACACUGUAAAUAUACUACAAAUCUUCCUGCAGAAAGAAGAGUCUCUGGGAUAUUUUAAAGACUUCUCUGCAGAAAUUCUUAUUAUAGGAUUUACUUACGUAUCACUAAAGGUCUACAGAAGAAACAUGACUGUGCGAAAAAUACAUGAAAUAUACCGGGCACUUGGCUUUGUGCGCCCUUUUUAUAUUGAGGAAAGCAGAAAAAUACGGAUUAGCAUAGAGGAAAUAAUUAAGAAUCUAAUUGUCAGAACAUAUAAUAUACUGCUGCCUAGUAUACUUAAGAAUCUUACAAUCAAAACAACAAGUACCCCAAAGAGCGAAAGGCAAUCAGAUGACUCUCCUUCUAUAAAGUACGUCCUAUCCCCACUGCCUGGUCGAAUGAGUCAAAUAAUCCCUGUUGCACCUACAUCUAAGAAAGUGUUAUUUCGGGAAAAGGAGGCUGAAGAAAUACUGUAA